UUAGGUCUUAUGUACUAAAAAUAAAUACAAUUUAACCUCUUAAACUCGGAGAUGGCUGAUCCUAAAAUAUUAGAUAUACAGAGAAAAAUUAAAAUAAUAAAUCACAUUAUAAAGGAAUGCCAAAAGACUGGGGAGCCAGUUCACCAAAAACUUAAAACACAUUAUUAUAAAAAUGUAGCUAAAUAUACCGGGGAAAAGUUAGAUGCCAUAAAAUAUGCUCAUUUCUCACCAACAUACCCGGAUCUUUGUGAUAAAAUCAAAGAGAAUGACACAAAACAAAUACCAAAAUAUAAUAGUUCCGUUACACUUCGUCAGCUUAUGGUUGAUUACUAUAUAAAACAGCAGAUACCUAUACAAAAGAAUCACAUACCGUUACACAUUAACACGUCAGAUAGUCUCAAGAAAUCUGGCUUCAAAUGGCACGACAUACCUGGGACUAACAAGUGCAUUUUUAUAGAGAACCCUGAACAACAAGCUAAAAGGAUGCGCUACUUGAUAAACAUGAAAAAGUUCAGGGAAGAAAACAGACCAAUCGUUUAUAUAGCACAUGAAGUGAUACAGGACACCGUACCAAGUAGUACAACUACUGCACAAGACCAUAUAUUGAUUGCUGCCUCUCCUCAGAUAGGACUAAUCGAUUGUAGUAUGGUGACAUCGUCACGGCUUAACAUAAUAGAAUGGUUUCAAAUAAUGGUUCAACCGCAUUUGACUGAAUCCCACGUUGUUGUCAUUGGAUCUGAAUAUCAAGAAACAGACGCUGAUUUGGAUGUGCCAAAGCCUGAAGAUACUACAGCUAAAAUGAUAUCAUGGUUGGAUAACAAUAAAAUAAAUUACAAACAAACAAUGCAUAGAUCUGAAUUAUAUGCGCUAAUAGAAAGGUACAAUACGGCUGUUUUUAAUGAAAGUUUACACAAGGAAGAUGCAAUUUUGAAAGCGCAUGGUUUAGACGUACUGCGCAGACCUAAUUGGGAAGUAUUGGACUAUUUCCAGCAUAUCUGGAUAGAUAUUAUGAAGGAAAAUAUGGAUAAAUCUAAAUGUGAUACAACUUUAAAAACAUACAUCCGAUCGUAUAAUAUGGAAACAUGGCAAAAAUUCGAGGAGAUCAUAGCUAAGAAUGAACAAAGCAUUUACGAUGAAGAUAGAUUAUUAGAGGACAUUAUUGAUAAAUUGUUAACUAAAGCUAAAUACGACACAUUGGAGAGCAAUGACUUUUCAGCAAAAAGUGAUGUUAAACCUUUUGAUCCCUACGAGUAUAAUAUUAUAUUGUAAUAUGUAGUGUUAUUCAUCUUGAAUU